AUGGCGUCUCUUGGGGGGAUUCGUUGCCGAGGAAGCCACCCAUUUGUCUACAAUCAAGGAACCCAUUUCAGCAUUGAUCGCUUCAAUCAGGUUUCUUUAUUCAAUCACUCUUUAUCGAUCUCAAAUCCCCAAUUGAAAAGCCGACAACGAGUCUCUGCAUCAUUGACCGCAUCGAAUUCCGCUGUUUGUUCUUCUUAUCGUAACAAUCUAGAACCCUACCUCAAAAUUGCAGUGAAAGAAGAUGAUAAAAACGAGGAAAUCACGGUUUCGGAGAAUCUCGACGAAUGGCUGAGAGAUUCAGUGGUGGAGGUCGUCAAGAACUUGAAAGAAGCUCCAUUGUUGGUUCACGUCUACUCGGAAGACAGUGGGUCGAAGAUGAAGUUGAAAACAGAGGCGGCGAGUUCAGAGGAUUGGUCGAUAUUGAUGCGUGAAUGGCAGAUGGGGAAAAAACCUUCACCUGAUGGGAUUAUUUUUGUUGAACAGCUUGUGGGCAGGAGGGUUUUGAAUGAGGAUGACGAAGAAGAGGACGAGACAAAGGUUUGGGGAGUGGUUGUACAGGGGAGAGGGGUGGAGUGUGAGCCAGUUUGCUAUUUGUUGAAGACUUGCAGGGUUGGGGUGGGGGGUGGGUUGGGGUUGUUCUGCACCCAUUUCGUAUUAGUGAGGGUUAAGAGUUUCACAGAGAGUGCUUUGUCUCAGCUUGAAGAUUGUUGGUUACUGCAUUGA